AUGGCUAACAGCAAAUUCGCGUACGUGAAGCAGCUCGAGGAGGAGAGGAGGGUGUUGCCGUGUUGCUACUUCGUGGUGAGGAUAGACGGAGGGAACUUCAAGGCAUUCACAAAGACACACGGGUACACAAAACCGAAUGACGUAAGAGGACUCCACCUGAUGAAUGCAUGUGCAAAGGAAGUCAUGCACAAGUUCGAUGAAAUCGAUUUAGCAUAUGGACACUCAGACGAGUACAGUUUUCUUUUCCGAAAAAAAACAAAAGUGUGGAAUAGGAGGCAUGACAAAAUAUUAACCAAUGUCGUCUCCUGUUUUUCAGGCUCCUUUCCUUUUCUCUGGAAGGAAUUCUUCCCCGAGCAGGAGCUACUAUACGUACCAUGUUUUGACGGAAGGAUUGUUCUACUGCCAACGGAGAGGGAAGCCAAGGAUUACUUCCGUUGGAGACAAGUCGAUUGUCACAUAAACACGCAAUACAAUGAGUGCUUCUGGAACCUAAUCAAUAGGGGUGGCUAUUCUCACCAAGAGGCUUACAAUACGUUGAUGACAACACAGAAGAAGGACAAGAAUGAGUUGCUCUUCUCCCGCUUUGGGAUAAACUACAAUGAGUUGCCUGAAAUUUUUAGGCGCGGUUCCAUUUUGAUGAGGGCGGAACAGAGCGGAAAAAGGGACAACGUCACUGAACAGGUGGACAACACACACGUGAAGAAUCCCAAGGUCCUACUUCCGGACGAAGGUAUGGUGCCCCCCCCGGAGGAACUACACAACGAUAGCACUACCCCCUGCAAGCGUAACACAGAGGAGAAGUUCACUCUUUCGCAUGAGAAUCUCGUGAGCGACAUUUUCUGGGAGAAGUACCAUUUAUUAUUUGCCAAGUGA